AUGACCUCCGACAACUUUGAUGCUCUUACCGGCGGCGGUGUGAAUGCACGGUCAGCUGCCGUAGAGAAGGACAUUUCCUGUAGGUGUUCAGGAAUUCCCUUCCCAAAGAACUUCAUCCAGAUCUGUAAGAAGAUCCUGUGUCGUCUUUUCCGUGUGUUUGUGCACGUCUACAUCCAUCACUUCGACCGGAUCCUCCUGAUGGGAGCCGAAGCGCACGUCAACACCUGCUACAAACACUUCUACUUCUUCGCCACCGAACUCAACCUGAUCGAGCGCAAGGAGCUGGAGCCGCUGAAAGAAAUGACCUCUAGAAUGUGUUUGUGAGCGUUUCCAAACACACACCUGAGAGGCUUUUCUCAGGACAGGAGCUUUAAUCUGUGAGCUGGUCGUUGCCGUGGAGAUGAGGUCAUCACCAGGAGCCUGUGACAUCAUCACUGAUCUCUAGAGCUGAGGCUGA